AUGGCGAGCAUCACUUCAGUGUCCCUCCUUUCGGAGGCUGAGUUCGGUUGUGAACACCUUGCUUCAAUAUUAGCGCAGGAUGGCAACACUGCCAACCAAUUCAAAAGUUCUUUCAUCAAGACUCACAAGGCCUUGGCACCCCAGCGUAUCGCCACAGAAGAUUUGGCGAAACAGAAAGGAGGCCUGCGCCCUGCGUCUCUACUAAGACCAAAGUAUACUUGCUUGACAUGCUCUGAAGCGUGUGUUCCUGCCAAGCGUGAAACUCAUACCGGAGAGACGGGACACCAAUUUUAUAUGGAAUCGAGAGGUCGUGCUUUGUUCUGCCAGAGUUGCCGUGAUCUUGUCUAUGAUCAUGACCUGGAGCGCCUCCGUUCGUCAUCUCAAAAUGGCACAGUACAAGAAAUCAGAAGGCGCAGGUUUAGCGAAAACUCAUCUGACGAACAAUAUGUCAAAAUUAACGCCAACAAGCGCCCCUGUGCCAAACAAGGAGUCAGGGGGUUGUAUAAUCUUGGACAAACGUGCUACCUCAACGUCAUAUUGCAAACCCUGCUCCACGACCCAAUCCUGAAUACUUAUUUUCUGGGCAGUGGUCACCAGUCGCAUGAUUGUAACGCCCCUGACUGCAUAGGCUGUGCAGUUGCAGAGGCCUUUGCAGAUUUCAACAGCAGUGAUAAGGCAGAAGGAUUCGCUGCCUUGAAUCUUCUCCUAGCAUCAUGGCGUGCAAGUCCUACUUUGGCGGGAUAUCAUCAGCAGGAUGCGCACGAAUAUUACCAAUUCCUUGUCGACAAGCUACAUGCAAGUACUGAAGGACAUGUGGAGGAUCAUGAUCAAGCCUGCUCCUGCUUCUUUCACAAGACAUUCUAUGGCAAGCUUCGUAGCAGUGUAACCUGCGAUAAGUGCGGCAAUGUGACAAAAACAGAAGAUCCCAUGGUGGAUUUGAGUUUGGACGUCCAAGUGCAGGCAAAGAAACGAGCGAUGGGUGGCGGUGUUGGUCCUUCAGCCACACCCACGCUCAACGGCUGCUUGGAGAGCUUCACAUCCCCAGAGAAGCUCAUGGCAGGCGUAUAUAACUGCAGUGGAUGUGGUAACACACCUCAGAAAGCAACAAAACAAUUGCGAAUCAAAAAGCUUCCCGCAAUUCUCUGCAUGCAGUUGAAGCGCUUCGAACACAGCUUAGCUGUGUCUGAGAAGGUUGAAGGCAGAGUCGAUUUUCCACUGUCCAUCAACAUGCUUCCUUACACAACCAACCCAAACAGUAAGGUUGACAAAUCCAAGUACAUAUAUGAUCUUUCGUCCGCUGUCGUCCACAAAGGCAAGUUGGAUGCAGGUCAUUACUAUGUCUACUGCAAGCAGGGUGAUCAGUGGGUGCUGUUUAACGAUGACCAGGUCACUGCAGUAGCCGAGGCGGAUGUUCUAAACGCCGAUGCUUAUCUUUUGUUUUACAGCCUAAGAACGUUUGGUUCUGGAUUGCAGUAG